AUCAGCAUGGCGGCGAACUUGUAGAGGCGCUUGCUGAAGAGUGGUGUUUCUCAUUUAAAAUGGAAUAAGUGGCUGCCUAGGUGCAGUGAGCGUGGGAAUGUUAUCUCAUCACCGAAUGAAAAAUAACCUUUAACAAAGCCAUAAGUAUAAUUUAAACGUAAUUUAUUUUAAUUAACUGGACUGUACUGUGCACACCAGCUAGCUAGGUAGCUAGCGAGUUGAAACAGCAGGCGUUGAUGAUUUGGCUUGUGUUUUUUAUUUAGUCCUACCUAGCUUGUUAUCAGCUGUUUGAUAUGUUGCGAAAUCUUAUUAGAUUGCACGGUCGGACGUGCUGCGCUGUUUUGGAACGAUGGUCAGGUGUUUGUCAGGGAGGUCAAGCACGGCUUCCAACUCUUCUGGAGAACGUGAAAGCCUAUUCAACUGCGACAUCUGAAAGGAAGAAAUUCUACCAAGACGUCAGUAUUUCACAAGGAGAAGAUGGCAUGUUUGAGAUCAAUCUAGACCGCAGGAAGCUGAAGACUCCAGGAGGCAAGAUUUUCACUGUACCUAAUGAAGCCCUGGCCAUUGCUGUGGCAACGGAGUGGGAUUCUCAGAAGGACACACUCAAGUUCUACACCAUGCACCUGACCACCCUUUGCAACACAGCUCUGGAUAACCCUACCCAUAGGGACAAGGACCAAAUGAUCACAGCCGCCCUGAAGUACUUAGAGACAGACACCAUUUGCUACAGAGUAGAGGAGCCUCCAGGGCUAGUGGAGCUUCAAAAGAAUGAGUGGGAUCCUGUAUUACACUGGAUUGAAAAGAGGUAUAAUGUUGUCAUCGGCUCAUCUGACAGUAUAAUGGGGCCUCAAAUCCCAGAGGAGACCAAGGACACUUUCCGUCAGCAUCUGGGCUCCUAUAACUUUUGGGCCCUGACAGGACUGGAGUAUGUGAUCAAUCAGCUGAAGUCGGUAGUGUUGUCCUUUGGGCUGAUUGACAGACACCUUACAGUGGAGCAGGCUGUGCUGCUGUCCCGUCUGGAGGAGGAAUACCAGAUCCAGCGCUGGGGAAAUGUGGAGUGGGCCCAUGACUAUGACAUGUAUGAACUACGAGCUCGAACGGCUGCUGGCACACUGUUUGUACACCUCUGUUCUGAAAGCUCCACUGUCAAGCGCAAGCUACUGCAGGACUGAAGAGAUUCUCUGAUGUAAACCCCAAUGCAUUGACAAUACAUUGUACGAGUUGUAUAAUGGAGAACUUGAUUUUCUGUGCUUCACAUAUCAUCUGUAGCCAGUAGAUGGAGCUGCUGUCCUAGUCAUGGAAAAUUGAACGCAAUCAAGUCCACUGCAGUCAACUUCUCUGUUUCAUAUUAUUUACUUUAUUUAGGUGAACCUGAACAAGUGAAUAUUGAAACAUAUUUUUUGCUGCGGAUGUUUUCACAAUUCUGUUUAAUUUUUUUGUAAUAUAACGUUAUUGUCAGUCGAUAAAGAAACACACCUUCAUG